AGAAGGAUAAUGAGAAAGUGGCUAAUGGAGAAGCAACGUAGCACCUCCGCUUCUGCUGGGGGUACUGGUGGAUGCAAAUGGCGAGUGGUGGUGCUACCGGCGGUGCCGGUGGCGGAUUACUUUUGUUAACUAAACCUGGCACUAUAAAUCUCCGUCAAAAAACUUUGUUGCCGUUGAAGAAUUCAAAUUUCUACUCGCGUUUUACUCUUCAAAAGCCAUACAUUUCUAUAAUCACAACUAGGCACAGUCACCGAAAAGAUUCCAGUGCUAAAACUGUUUGGUCACAGAAAUUCAAAUUCAAGUUUCGAGAUAAGAAUAAAAGAACUAGAGAAAAGGACGGUUUUGAUGGACAAGAAGAAGUAGAAACUUCUAGAAGGAAGCGCAAGAAGCGGCGGCGGUGGUCCGAUAAGCCGCCAGUUAUGCAGGAAGAAGAAGCUUAUGGGAUUUUUGAAGAAUAUCUUGAUAGCCUUUGGAUUCUUGAGAUUGCCGUUAUUACCAAUUGUGUUUACGAAAUGGCACUUCGGUUCUUGAAGGUAGCUUUUAGCUUUAGAUAGUUUAAAGAUAUUAAUAAGCAUGAACAAUUUUAUUUGCUGUGUUAUUGUAUCGAUGUGUUACUUUCAAAUGUUUAUUUAAAUUUAAGCAUCGUAAAUACUCUUAUUUUCUGAUUUGUACAUAACUUUUGUUAUUAUUAUUGUCAAUAUAAUUUUUGAGUUUAUAAGAUUUAAAA